AUGUGUUUCAUGUUUGGUGUAAUUGGACAAUUAGGUUACGUCAGUGUUGGGAAAAGUUACGUCAGUGUUGGGAAAAGUUACGUCAGUGUUGGGAAAAGUUACGUCAGUGUUGGGAAAAGUUACGUCAGUGUUGGGAAGAGUUACGUCAGUGUUGGGAAGAGUUACGUCAGUGUUGGGAAGAGUUACGUCAGUGUUGAGAAGAGUUACGUCAGUGUUGGGAAGAGUUACGUCAGUGUUGGGAAGAGUUACGGCAGUGUUGGGAAGAGUUACGUCAGUGUUGGGAAGAGCUACGUCAGUGUUGGGAAGAGUUACGGCAGUGUUGGGAAGAGUUAUGUCAGUGUUGGGAAGAGUUACGUCAGUGUUGGGAAGAGUUACGUCAGUGUUGGGAAGAGUUACGUCAGUGUUGGGAAGAGUUACGUCAGUGUUGGGAAGAGUUAUGUCAGUGUUGGGAAGAGUUACGUCAGUGUUGAGAAGAGUUACGUCAGUGUUGGGAAGAGUUAUGUCAGUGUUGGGAAGAGUUACGUCAGUGUUGGGAAGAGUUACGUCAGUGUUGGGAAGAGUUACGUCAGUGUUGGGAAGAGUUACGUCAGUGUUGGGAAGAGUUACAGGCACAGUGUUGGGAAGAUUACACGUCAGUGUUGGGAAGAGUUACGUGAAUGUUUGGAAGAAGUUACGUCAGUGUUGGGGAAGAGUUACGUCAGUGUUGGGAAGAAAUUACGUCAGCGCAGUGUUGGGAAGAGUUACGUCAAUGUUGAGAAGAGUUACAGUUACGUCAAUGUUGGGAAGUACGUCAGUGUUGGGAAGAGUUACGUCAGUGUUGGGAAGAGUUACGGCAGUGUUGGGAAGAGUUAUGUCAGUGUUGGGAAGAGUUACGUCAGUGUUGGGAAGAGUUACGUCAGUGUUGGGAAGAGUUACAGUUACGUCAGUGUUGGGAAGAGUUACGUCAGUGUUGGGAGGAGUUACGUCCGUGUUGGGAAGAGUUACGUCAGUGUUGGGAAGAGUUACGUCAGUGUUGGGAAGAGUUACGUCAGUGUUGGGAAGAGUUACGUCAGUGUUGGGAAGAGUUACGUCAGUAUCAGCAACAGUAACACAACCGUCAAUUGA